CAGACAGCAGAGAGAGAGAGAGAGAGAGAGAGAGAGAGAGAGAGAUAGAAGCCAGGAGACACAGCCAGCUGUAGCAUCACUGUUUCCUUGAACAAACAGCUUCAUCACAGACACAUCACCAGACCUUAAGACUGAUCAACAAGACCUAUUAGAGACAAUAAAUCUGAGACAGAUCUUCCCACAGCAGAGAUGAUGCCAAUCUGUACCGUCCUGGAGAAGUGUAACGGUGUGGUGGUGGGAGCUGAGCUGACCUGCAGCGUACGGGAGGACAACAAGGAUCAGAGGGAGAGCUACUGUGCUGACUGGCAUAGUGUCAGUCUCAAGACUCAACCUCAGGACAGGCAGACAAUGAACAUAAAUGACAACUCUCGUAGGGAGACUCUGUCCCGGCAGUGGCAGGCCCGUUCGCUGAUGCAGACCUGCCCCUCUGGUGUUUUCAGAGUGGGCACUGUGGAAAGAGGGGUGAGAGAGCACCAGCUGCUGCCAAAGAGAAAAACCCUCCCCUUGCCCAUCUUUACCCCUGCAGAGCUGGGUAUCAGGCUUGGACGUGGAGCCCCACACACAGAGGAGGACCUGCUGCCCUUCCCCACCCCAGACGGAGCCUGUCCCUUCAAGAGGACCGUGGGCGAGAUCACAAGAGACCUCCCCCCAGUCAAGCCAACCCUCAUGGAGUUCGCCAAAGAUCCCAAAGCCCUGGGUCGCUCCAUGUCCCAAGAGGCCCAGAGAGGGUAAAAAACAAAAAGAGAAGAAGAGAAAGAGGGGAUGUUAGGGAGAGACGAGAAGGGUGACAGUUGGGAAAGGGUAGUCAUUGAGCAAAGUGAGUCAGGAAAGAGCAUGACAAGGUGUAUAUAGAUUUAUUUCUAGAGACAUUCAUCAAAAACCCUAAAUACUGUAGAUCGUUAGCAGUAUCGGUGAGCACAGCACCAGAUAAAUGUCACGCUUUGUCACUAUUGGCAUUUGGUGGUGAGUGGUAUUAAAAAUGGUUAUGUGAAAGUCUUUGCAUUGUGAUGGAGAGGCACUGUGUGUAUUCUCAGUUGCGCCAUGGGCUGAUCUCUGCCUGUGCUGGCCAGCUGGCCUCACCAUAUCUGCUGAUCUCUCAGUGGAAUUACUUCAACCCAACUAUUGCAUGCACUGGUGCACAUUAACCAUGCUGCACGCAAUUUCUUUUACCUUUAUUUUGUGUUCUUGAGGUUAUCAGAUUCAUGGUUUUGAUUUCUUGUAAUACGUGGUGAAGGCAUGCAAUGACACAGAAAGUGACAGAUGGAAAAUUAUGUGAAAAAGGAAGAAACAGGUUUUAAACUGUAAAUAGGGAUGGAAAGAAAGAGAGAGAGUCAGAGGGGAAGGGGAGGGGUGAGGGGUCGGGGAACAUGCCUUGGAGUUGGUCAACUUCCAGGCCUCCACAAGCCCUUGACAGUCUCUGAUCUCCGUGAAGAGUCCAGAAUGCUCUGGUGUGAUCACACACUGCAGCCGCACAUAUGUGUGUGUGUGUCCCUCUGUGUGUAUGUGUGCCGGCUGACACCUCUAUUCAAGAGGAUUUAGGAAAACUAAUAACCUGUGUAUUAACUGAUCUGCCUUGUUGGUUGAGUGGCAGCUCAUAUAUAUAUAUAUAUAUAUAUAUAUAUAUAUAUCUGAUAGAGGAACAGAUACUGUAUUAGCUGAGAAUACAUAGUGGUGUAAAUUAAUUUGAAAUGUGUGCAAUGAUGUUGAAAUAUUUUUCGUAGAUAUUUAUUAUUUUUACUAAUAAAAGCUGACCUGCUCUUCA